ACCGCUUUUAACGUUUUUUAUUUUGGCGAUCGGAUGCUUCCACACAGGGCAAAGUCAAUCACUGUCGUGUCCGAAGGUGCGCACAACCAGUGGUUGGUUGGACCUGUUCCCCAUACCCUGCAGAAAAAGUACUGAAUGCACAAUUAUGGGAACGCAACACCUGUGCUGCAAAGGGUUCUGCACAAAGGGAGUUGUAGCACAAGCAAUCCGUACAAGUAGUACAACAAGUGUAGUUGAGCCAAGUACAAGCACGAGCACUAGCACUAGCACAACAAGCACCACAACAACUACAACUAGUACAACAACCACUACAACAACCCCAAGUACCACCACCAGCACGACGACUACGACAACCACGACAACGCCGAAGCCUACGACUACGACAACGACUACAGAGCCCCCGCGACCGUUCCUGCAGCUGCUGCCCAUACAACUUGUACCUACAGCUGCACCGGCGAAAAUAGGAAAAUCACAAAAAUUGGCGUGCCCAAAGAACGUUGCUGGGGGUCUGUUCCCAAUUCCAUGUGAAUCGAACGCCCAAUGCCGCGCCAGUAGCGGCCCCGGGCAGGUUUGCUGUGGAGGCCAGUGUGUGAAAGGAAUACCAGCUCCGCGUCCCAAGUCCGAGGAAUCACAUCAACCAAUUCUUGGUGUAAUCCCCCGCGAAUGUCCCGCGACGCCGCUGGGUGAGCUUCUGUUCGAAGUGCAGACGUGCAAAACUGACUCGGACUGCUGGCCUCGCGUCUGCUGCCCUGACGGCACGCGCUCCUAUUGCCGAACGGCACGCGCCAGGCUUGACCUCGUGCCAGUCGCCAACCGGAUUGAAGCACCUGUCCGGAUGCUGGAGUCCUAUCUGCAGUGCACGGCUCCACCGCAGUUCGAUUCAUUCCCGCAGCGUUGCAGCUCUAGCAUAGACUGCUUCCCCAACUUGUGCUGCGCAGAAGGUGGCAAAAAACACUGCCGGCCUCCGCAGCGCAGCCUGUUUGCAUUUCUCGCCGGUGCUGCAGCGAGAUUAGGCUGAUCGGCAGAUAAUCAUAUAGUUCUAGAUAUUGAAUGUAAAUAGGUAAAAAAUAUUUGUAUAU